GUGAACAUCCAAGACAACGAUGGAUGUACAGCGUUACAUAUUGCGGCAGGGUCUUCUUAUGAUUUCGUUGAACUACUGCUCGCACACGGAGCAGAUGUGAACAUCCGAGGUAACAAGGCAUCCACAGCGUUACAUGUUAUGGCAGAAUCUGGCGAUAUGCGUUUAGCCGCCGUACUACUUGAACAAGGAGCUCACAUAGAUGCUGAGAACGAACAAGGCGAAACAGCUUUAAUGAUAGCCUCAAGACAUGGGUUUCAGGAAAUAGUUGAUCUGCUUAUAGCGCAAGGAGCC